AUGUCUACCAACCGUGAGAUGGAUGCGAGCUCAGAAUAUCAUACAAAACCUGAUCCUGUCAAUUACACGAGUGGCCGGUGGCUUCGUGGCGAUAAGCUGCAGCGAGAUGCUCGCCAUAUAAAGUUUGAUUUCGACGCGCUCUGCCGCAGAGUUAUUGAACUAUGUCCCGGAGCAGAAUUGAUCGCGAGUUAUGUUAAAAUGGAAGGAGGAUUCAACCGAGUUUUUAUUUUUACCAUGGAUAAUUCCAAGCAGAUCGUAGCCAGGCUUCCAUUUGUACCGGCUGGACCGCCCACGCUCGUCACAGCAUCUGAGGUUGCCACGAUUAAGUAUUUACAAACCAGGACCAGCAUCCCUGUACCAAGCAUCCUUGACUGGAGCAACGAUGCUCGCAAUCGCAUUGGUGCCGAAUACAUCAUCAUGGAACAUGCUGUCGGUGUUCAAUUGCACAAGAUAUGGCCCGCUAUGGCUGACGAUCAGCAAGUCAGAUGCAUAGAUGCUAUCUAUCGGAAGCUCAAAGAAGUGGUUGACAUGGAUUUUCCAGCUUUUGGGUGCCUAUAUUUUGCUGAUACCCCGCUUGAUCCUGCCUCCAAGAUCUUCCUGGACGAGGACUUCUGUAUCGGGCCCCAUUGCGGACCUCGCUAUUGGGACUGCAAUGUUGGCGAGCCUCGAUAUUACCAUCGCACGAGACCCAAUCGUGGGCCAUGGACCAAUCUUAAUGCAUAUUGCGACGGUCUCAUCGAUGCUGGUCUUUCAAGGAUUCCUUUGAUCGAUUCUGAGACCGAGAAGCAACCACUAUAUCAGGGAUCUGUUCGAACGCACAAUACCCUGCUGGAGUGUGGCCGCGCCGUGCUCAAACAAAUGUCAGCCGAUCCUCGGAUUCAGGACGCUGCUACACCGGUGUUAUUCCAUCCAGAUCUCCACAAGCGGAACAUAUUUGUUUCGGAGGAGGAUCCCGCAGAACUGACAGCUAUACUUGAUUGGCAAGCCGGUAGUAUCGAGCCAGCUUUUUGGUAUGCGGAUGAGGUACCAGAUUUUGCAACGCCGGUUGAUCCGGACCACGACCUAUGUACCAGGGCUUUCAAUCUUUGCUCGCAAUUUCUGACACCGAAGCUUUCCGGCCCUCGUUCGAUGGAUGAAAAUUUAUUUCGACCAUUUCGCUACAGCUACCGGACGUGGAAGGAUGGCGCCGUGGCUCUACGCCAUGAACUGAUCGAAACGUCUCGUCACUGGACGGAGUUAGGUUUUGUGGGUACAUGCGCAUAUGCCAAACCUACUCUGGAGGAAUUGUCCGUUCAUCAAAAGGAGUACAGGUACUUUGAGGCGGCGCAAAAUCUGAGACGUGAUCUGUCAAGCUUGCUUGACAUCGCAUCUGAUGGAUGGGUUCCUCUCGAGAACUGGGAGGCAACCAAAUCAGCACAGAAGGACACGUUCAUCGGGAUCCUCCAUGCUGUAUCAACGAACGAGCCUUCGGGCGAUGAUGAGCCGAUUCAAACCGAACAGGACCUAAAGUCCAUCUGGCCAUUCGACCUAGACGAUUGA